AUGUCGAUUGAAAACCAAUCGCUUUUAAGUCCAUCAUUAUGAUCAGCAGGCAAAAGAAACUCAUCAAUUGAGUCAGUGAGGUCUGAAUCUCGGAAUUUUCAUCAUAGACUCAUAAAUAGGUCAGUACAGCUGCUUCUGAAUAAGAGAAGUAGUUUAAUUUCAAAUGAAAUUAAAUUGAAAAAGCUUAAAGAAAAAGAAGAAAUCAUUAAUAGAAAAUUACAAAAAAGGCAAGAAAAAGAUAUUUUGGCUAAGCAUAUCGAAAACGUUUUAGGAAUAAAAUUAUCAAGGAUAUUCGUAAGAUCUUCAAAUAUUGAUGAAAUUUGAGAUAAAGGCUAUAUGAUUUUUCAAAUGAAAAGAAAGUACAGAGCUGUAAAAUAUAUUUCGAAUUGGUGGAAAAAGACUAUAAUUAAUCGAAAAAUUAGAGAAAUUAAACUGAAAAAUCAUAUGGCUGCUAGCUUUAUACAGCGAAAUUGGAAGAAAUUUAAAAAGCAGAAGCUUUUAAAAAGCAUAUUCGAUGCAAAAAAGAAGGCUGCAAUUACAAUCCAAAAAUUUUAUAGGGGAUAUACUUAAUAAUAUGGCUAAAAGCAUUGAGCAAAUAUAUGAUUUAAAUUUUUUAUUUUAAAAAUAAUCAUGAUAACAUAUCUUUAUUGAUUAUUCAAAUUUACUAAUAUAUAAAAUAAGGUCAGAAUAUAAAACUAUAAUUCUGAAAAUUCAUAUGAAAAAGAUAUUUCAGUAUUUCGAACUCCAAAAAGAUACUUUAAGAGCCAAAGCUUUUGAGUCACUACAGCAAAUAUGAAUAAAAUUCAAAGCAAAAUCUUUCUUUCUCAAAAAAUACAACCCACUACGACUUAAGCCUAAAACAAAUUCAUAUAUGGGUACUAAAGAAAUUAAUAUAUUUCAGCCAGCAGAAGGCCUUUCUCCGACUCAACCAAUAAGGAAUAAUACUAGACAUUACACGUUCCCCAAGCGGAAUUAUGUUUCUAAACCUACUUCACUGCAAAGAAAACACUCCCCAUAA